UUGUGUGUUGAACCCCGCAAGUGACGUCAUGUCACCUGCUGCUGCCGCGUGACGUCACGACAAUACCAGGAAGCUGCUGCUCUGCGCUCGCGCUCGCUGAGGUCCGAGAAUUGGUGUGAUGGAGCAAACGCACUCAGCGCAGCUCGGAACAAAAAUGAAACAAUGCGACCAGUAUGCAACCAGUAAGGAACAUACUGGAAAUUUGAUACAGCCCCAUAGAACACACACAGGUGAGAAACCCUUCAAGUGCACUGUGUGUGAUAAGGUGUUUGCACAGUCAUCAGACCUUCAGAGGCACCACAGAACACAUACAGGAGAGAAACCCUUCAAGUGCACUGUCUGUGAGAAGGCAUUUGCAUGGUCAUCAGUUCUUCAGAGCCACCAGAGAACACACACAGGAGAGAAACCCUUCAAGUGCACUCUGUGCCAGAAGGCGUUUGCCAAGUCAUCAGUUCUUCAGACCCACCAGAGAACACACACGGGAGAGAAACCCUUCAGAUGCACUCUGUGUGGGAAGGCGUUUGUACAGUCAACACAUCUUCAAAGACACCAGAGAACACACACAGGAGAGAAAUCCUUCAAGUGCACUGUGUGUGAUAAGGCUUUUGCACAGUCAUCAGACCUUCAGAGGCACCAGAGAACACACACGGGAGAGAAACCCUUCAGGUGCACUCUGUGCGGGAAUGCAUUUACACAGUCAUCAGAUCUUCAGAGCCACCAGAGAACACACACAGGAGAGAAACCUUUCAAGUGCACUGUCUGUGAGAAGGUAUUUGCAUGGUCAUCAGUUCUUCAGAGCCACCAGAGAACACACACAGGAGAGAAAUCUUUCAAGUGCACUGUGUGUGAUAAGGCGUUUGCACAGUCAUCAGACCUUCGGAGGCACCAGAGAACACACACGGGAGAUAAACCCUUUAAGUGCACUCUGUGCGGAAAGGCAUUUGCACAUUCAUCACAUCUUCAAAGACACCAGAGAACACACAGGCAUCAGAAGAUCCCCAUGGAGGGGAGUCUGAAAUCAGCUUUUGAAAGUCAAAGUGCUGCAAUGAGCCCAUCCCUCAUGAAACCAGAACCAGAAGGAAAUCCCAGUUUGGACACUUUGAAAGGUAUCAAGGUGAAAUAUGAAGACGCUAAGGUGAAAUGUGAAGAACUGACAGUGACAAGCGAAGAAGUGAAGGUAAAAUGUGAGGAUGAAGAUUCAACUCCAAAAUCGAACCUUCACAUCGAUGGAGGCAAUGUGAAGCAGGAGGAUAAUUCUGACUGUGAGGCAGAGCAAGGCAACUCCCAGCAGUUUGUGGAAGUGGAGGUGUGAGUGGACUUCUAAGUCAAUGCAAAGUGAAAUGGAGACCUGGUAGAUGUGUAAGCUUGAGCCAAUGCAGCUCCAAUAGAUUCACCUGGGUCACAGGCCUUUAACGAAAAGAAGUUGAACACUCAAUUCCUCAGUUCAACCUGGAGAGUAAAGAGCGGCCAGUAUUUGUGGACCUGUGUGUUUGGUAGAUCUCUAACCAGGAGCAAGAGCCAAUAAGCUCCCAAGCAUUCACUAUGUGAUAAUAAUAUUUGCAUUUAUAGGGUGUUUGCUUAAUGGCCUCAGCAACACGGAGUUUUGUAUCAUAUCUCAUCACAAACACUCGAAGAGCACCUCCAAGUGGCAGCUGCCCCUGUGUGGCAUAAGGUGACCCUGCACCAGCCUGCAUCAGCAGGGGGCGAUAAUUGAUAUGUAAUCGCCAUCAUGUAAUUUCUGGAUAAUAUUUGGAAUUACCCAAAUUUGGACUGACACCAACAUGCAAUGGCCUACUCGUUUUGAAUGACACAAGAAUGUUUUAAAUCCACUGUUAUGCAGAUGGUGCAUAUUUUUAAUUAAUGUUCCUGGACUAACUAUGGGUGCCUGUUGGACUUGAACCCUGAACCACUGCAACAAAAAGAGAAUACACUACCACUUGGCUUCCCUCAAUCUUAGUGCUGCAGGUGUCGGCCUCAUCCGACAGAUCAACUUCUUGUAAAUACGAUAUAACAUGAUGAAGUACAUUUCAGUGCAGUAAUUAAAUUUUUUCAAUAUGUAUCGAUCAUUUAGAAUUAUAAUUUAAUGUACACUUGUCUGAUUUUGUGCAUACAGGUAACAUUUUGUCCAUAAGGCUCAAACAUGGAAUACGUGAUGACAAAAGUGUGUGCAUGGUAGUAACCUACAUAUAUAACUCACGUGCGAGCUGUUGUUCUUUUGAUACAGGUCAGAGUAUUUUUCGUGAUUCAGGAAGCAUAUGCCUCUGGAGAAAGUCAUUGUCUUUGAAAUAAAGAACAGUCGCAUCAUUCAUCAGUUACAAAGCAUACCACUUAAAAGUUACGUAUAAGAGAUACAUUCUCCACAACACGACUUAUAAUUUUGUAUGAUGUUACGUGUAUUUUAGAUUUUGUCACACAAGACCUAGAAAUGCUCCUUGCUGAUUAACAUCUGGAUACUCUUUGGUUCUAUUGGGUAAAGUCACGUAGGUGAAAAUAAAAUAACAAAUAUUCACGA